AAUACUUGGAGUUGUUCUUUCUUUUCUCUCUCUUUUUCUCCGAUUCUUUUGAAAAAGCUGCGAUUCUUCUUCUUCAUCCCGCGUGGAUUAAAUUUUGUAGUCUGCAUCGUCAAUUCUCCAUCAAAGCCGCCCCAACUCUUGCAUUCCUCUGCUUCUCAUCCUUUUUUCACGCAACAUAAGCUUGUAUUAUUCUUGUGCUGCACGAUCGGUUUCUGUCUCGCAAUAAGCUCAGAGAUUUCUGGGUUUCUUUUUUUCGAUUCCGGGUUCGUCUUAACAUGCCCUCGCAAUCUGAUGUUUUGAAGAUUCGGUUUUAGUUUCUUGUGCUCUGCAUAAGGGAUUUAUUUAAAACUUUUGAAGGAUCCUGUCAGAAAAUGAGAGGCGUUAAUCGGUAUGCUUGUCACCUCCGAUCAGCUGUUUCUCAAAAAACACGCAAUCAUACGGAUGUUCUUCGACGGCUGCAAAGGCAAAGGCAACUGAUUCAUACCAAUUCCGAGUCUCUUUUUAUUGUCAAACCAGAUAGAUACAGAACCCCCAGAUGUAUAAACUUAAGAACUCUGUCAGUAGACGCAGCUAAACUUUCUAAUGGAGAUUAUAACGUGGCAGGGCCACUUGUUGAGUAUGAACGUAGAAUUGCUGCUGGUGAGCUUGUCGAUGGUGAUAACUGUCAGGUAGGCACUCUGAGGGAGCUACAGAGACUCUACGACGAACUUGUUAAUUCAGCUGAAGCAUGCCGGUUGGAUAGAUAUGCAGUAUCAGAAAAAUCAGGAAGGAGUAGAUGGUUGUGGUCUCGCUUCAUUCCUCAGUCAUCGUACUCCCCAGUUAAAGGCCUAUAUCUCUAUGGAGGAGUAGGCACCGGAAAAACUAUGUUGAUGGACUUGUUUUUCGAUCAGUUACCCAGCAAUUGGAGGAAAAAGAGGAUUCAUUUUCAUGACUUCAUGUUGAAUGUUCAUAGUCGUUUGCAGCGGCACAAGGGUGUUGCUGAUCCACUUGAAGUCGUUGCAGGAGAGAUUUCAGAUGAGGCAAUUUUAUUAUGCCUGGAUGAAUUUAUGGUGACAGAUGUGGCUGAUGCAUUGAUACUAAAUCGUCUAUUUGGACAUCUCUUUAGCAAUGGCGUUAUCCUGGUUGCAACAUCAAAUCGUGCUCCUGAUAAACUCUAUGAAGGUGGAUUACAGAGAGAUCUUUUCCUGCCCUUCAUUUCCACAUUGAAGGAAAGGUGUGUGACUCAUGAAAUCGGUUCAGCAACUGACUAUCGGAAAUUGACUUCGGCAGAGCGAGGGUUCUACUUUGUUGGAAAGGACUCAUCUAUCUUUCUUAAGCAGAAGUUUCAACAAUUGAUCGGUAAAAGUAUACCUGGUCGACAAGAGGUGGAGGUAGUGAUGGGCAGGGUUCUGCAAGUUCCAUUGGGAGCAAAUGGAUGUGCUUAUUUCCCUUUUGAGGAACUCUGUGACAAGCCUCUAGGAGCUGCAGAUUACUUUGGGCUGUUUAAAAAAUUCCAUACUCUGGCAUUGGAAGGUGUCCCAAUAUUUGGACUCCACAACAGAACAGCAGCAUAUCGUUUUGUCACUUUGGUUGAUGUGAUGUAUGAAAAUAAAGCAAGACUAUUAUGUACAGCUGAAGGAAGUCCUUACGAACUUUUUGAAAAGAUUGUAACCAUCUCUGAUGCUCAACAAAUUGCACCUAGAACGUCCACACGAUCAAGGAAGAAUGACGUUUCCAAUCUCUGUGUGGACAAUGAGUUGGGUUUCGCCAAAGACCGUACAAUUAGUAGAUUAACAGAAAUAAACAGCAAAGAAUACCUGGAACAACAUGCCGAACUCGUAGCAGAGAAACGAAACUGGCAAAACGGCGAUGAUCAGGAUGCUUCGCAACCAUAAUUUCUGCAUCCACGUCUUCCAGAUUUAGCAGAUACCAUUUUUGUUACUGCAUUUCACUAUUUUAACUUAAUAAAAUUAUAUAUUUUAGUGAUGAGAAAUAAUGAUAAGUAAAUUGAAACUUUUCUUUACAUACAAACUAACAAUUGUACUACCCACACAUUAGCUAGGAUGCAGAUUCAAAAGUUGUGUAAAUAUGAAGGUUGAAAUAAAACUACACCUACUCGAAUUCUUGACUCAAAA